AUGUCGAUCGGUCAAAAUCAAGAUGACUUGGCAAAUAGGCUAAACUCGCCUAAAACUUCAACAUCUAAGUCAGUAAACAAAUGGAAAAUCCCACAUUAUUAUAAAAGAUCCAAUGGACAAAACAAUAUCAGCAAAAAUACAGAUAACUGUACAACCAUGGAAAACAGUCAUCAAAGUCCACUAACACCAAAGGCUCCAUUGACACCUGGUUCUAAAAAAAUUCUACUGGAUUCUUCAAAUGGUAGCAGAACUGGUUUGACUAAGACUAAAAAAUCAUCAAAAAAAAGAAAUGGUAAAAUGACUUUCGUCAACUAUACAGUACAAGACUCUCCGCAAACAGAAGAACAGUCAAUUGAAGUACCAAACGAUAUCAAUCCAGGUAUUAUUCCUGAAAAUAUUCAUCAAUUUGAAUCAAAUGACUUGUCUACCGAGUUGACUCCAAAAAAUAGGAGUUCUAGAAAUAGAGUGUUGAAAAUGUUUGGUACAGCAAAACUUCAAUCUCCAAGCUCCAGGAAAAGUAACCCACAACAUUCUGUUAAUCAAGAUAUAAACGCAAAUGAUGCUUAUACAUCAUUUAACCAAGAAAAUAAUAUAGCAACAGCUGUUUUUCCAACAAAAAGCUUUUCAAAUAGAAAUCAAGAGACAGUAAUACAACAUUCCGGAAAUAAACAACAAGGUGUAGAAAGACCAGUCUUGGUCAAAGCACAUACAUCGUCAGCCAUUACAAAAUCAUCAGCGCCUCCGACCUAUAACCAUAGUUCUAAUUAUAUGAUGUACUCACAACCAACAUCAAAAUCAACGAUGGAUCUAAAGGAUGUAGAAUUUGAAUAUAGUAACGAUACGAUAAACCAUCAUGAAAAUUCUGCGCAAUCACUAAUGUCGACUUACAGUACUGAUAAUAUCGAUUUCUCAUUAAGUCAACCUUUUAUGCAUGACUUUGACCAAGAGGUUAAAGAUCAGAAACCACUACACAGUAAUUAUGAAAAUCUUCCUGAAGAAAAUGACGCUUCAGUUGCAUUCAAUAAAAUAUUCACGAGAAAUAGAACAAAUACAAUGAUAUCCCAAUCGUCAUAUUCAUCAACAGCAACGAAUGGCUCUUCGGGGCAAUUAAAUGCUAAUUCAUCGAGUUUUCAACCCAAAAUAACUAACACAUCUUCUAAUUCGGCAAAUCAAUAUCAUGCGAGAUAUUCACCUGGUAGAGCUAUCUCUCCUAUAAGACCAAGAUCUCGAACUUUAACAAAUUCAUUCAACAGGUUAUCCCGUGAUUUAAGUUCUUUUGAAAACAGUGGUAAUUUGAAUUUUAUAAGCGUUCCAGGUAGCGAAUUAAAUAUUAGUGAAAGUUACUUAGACCACAAGAAUGCAUCAAGAAACAAUAGACAUAAAAAACAACAAGCAUCUAUAUCUGAUUUAAUGUUAGAAUCUCAUGGAAUGAGUUUGAAUCAAUAUAACAAUAACCUUACUAACAAUUUAGAGUUUUCUAAUUCUCCUAGAUUAAUCACUAAUAAUUCUGUAUCGUCAUCUGAUUUAAGUGUUUUUGAUCAAACUCUUAUUAAUAGACGAUCGACAUUUCUUAAUGAGAAUGGGAUGAGUAGUACGAUAUUAAUUGGUGGCACCGAAGAAAAAGAUGAGGAUGAAGAUGAAGAAUAUGAGGAAGAAUAUGAGGAAGAAAAAUUACAAGAUAUCCGAUUGAUGAAUAAUGUGCAACCCCAUAUGAACCCAAACAUUACAAUAACAGAAGCCAUUGUGAAUAGUAUGGUGGAUAAUGAUGGUAUUAACCCUAACAUUAGUACUUUCUCCGAUGGUAAUUCUAUUCCUGAUGAAAUGAUUAGCUCAUUAAUGGAUCAAGUUUACAAUGAUGGUGAAAACGGUGAUAAUACUCCGAUGUUAUUUGAUAGCAUAACACCAAUAAAAGGCAUUUCUCGUGAACAACAACAACAACAACAACAACAGCAGCAGCAGCAGCAGCAACAACAACACCAUAAAGAUAUUAUUGAAUCUUUUGCAAAUGGAAACAAUGGUCCCCUCGAAUUAAUCAAUACCGGUAUGGGAUUGAAUAAUGUAAAUGUGAAUCAGGUAGGAAGCAAUGGUAACAAGCAUAUUAAACGAGAAGGAAGCGACCAAUUGCAAGAGAACAUACAACAUUUACAUGCACAGAUAUCUAAUCAGCAUUUUAGCAAUUCGAUCAACUUUGAUAGUUACAAUUAA